UCUCUUACUCUGGAUUGUUAAUGCACAGGUUGCUACAGGGGAGAAAGUUUGUGGGCAAAGUGGCCCACUCAACUUUCAAGUUGCUCCUUUCAGAGCUGGAAAAAUUGUUUUGAAGGGAAGGUGAGAGAAUGAAAAGUGUUGCACCUUCACUUGAUUUGGAAAGUGAAAGGAAAGUGGAUAGGUUGCAGGCAGAAGCGAGAGCGUUUUACUAAUUUCACACAGCUCCUGUGUUCUCCUAGUCUUCAGUUUGGGAUUAUUACUGUAGUAUGCACAAUGUGGACUCACUGGUUCUGUAAUGUUUUGGGUGCACAAACAGCUAUUAGAAGCAAGUAUAAGGCAGUCAACAUCCACAACUCUGCUCUUGCCUUAUGCCUGGAGAUGGAAAAAAUGCAGUGUGUAGCAACUGUUGUCUGAACCAGCUUAAUGAUUCAAGAUAAGAGCCAGACUUACCGUAGGAACCUGGACCCUAUAUAAACAGGGUGUGCUGGAGGUGAAGGGGACAUUCGUUUCUGCUCAAAGUUCAUCAAGCUUGCAAGCCUGGUGGGUGGUGCUGUUUGCAAGAUUCUACUACAGCAGAGCUGCUGGCAGCAGAAACCAUUCAGGUAUUCUUCUUUGGGACACCUGCACCUGAAUGUUUGUGUGCUGAGAUGCCUACUGAACAAGCCCGAGUCCACCCGCUGGUGCAGAUGCUUAUCGACCUCACUGCAGGGGCAGCAGGUGGUGUGGCAUGCGUGGUGACCGGGCAGCCUUUUGACACCAUCAAGGUGAAGAUGCAGACCUUCCCAACAAUGUACCAGGGCUUCUUUGACUGCUCAGUCAAGACCUACCAGCAGGAGGGCAUGCACGGGCUCUACCAAGGCACCACUCCAGCCUUGCUGGCCAACGUUGCAGAGAACGCUGUGCUUUUUGCCUGCUACGGGUUCUGCCAGCAGCUCGUGAGGCAGCUCUUUGGGUUGGGCAAUGUCCAGGAGCUCAGUGAUUUGCACAGCGCGAUUGCCGGCUCCUUCUCAUCAGUCUUCUCCUCCAUGGUUCUGUGCCCCACAGAGCUGGUGAAGUGCCGGAUGCAAGCUCUCCAUGAGAUGAAGGUCACAGGGCAGACAGCUCUGUCGAGGCACAGUUCCACCUGGACUGUGGUGAAAGCCAUCUUCCAUUCAGAAGGCCCCCUGGGUUUCUUCCAGGGUCUGACCAGCACAUGGCUACGGGAGGUGCCUGGCUAUUUCUUCUUCUUUGGGGGUUAUGAAGUCAGCCGCAGCUUCUUCCUCCAGGCUGGACAAUCAAAGGAGGAGCUGGGUGCUCUCCCUGUGACUGUGAGUGGAGGAAUUGGUGGUGCUGCUUUCUGGCUGGCUGUCUAUCCCAUUGAUUCAGUGAAAUCACGGAUCCAGGUGUUGUCCAUGGCUGGGCGGCAAGAUGGUUUCCUGCUUUCCUUCUUACACAUCCUACGUACAGAAGGGUUUAUGCCUCUUUACUGUGGGCUGAUGCCCACGGUGAUCCGUGCCCUGCCAUCCAAUGGUGCCCUCUUCCUUGCCUAUGAACUGACUCAGAAAAAGCUGACCAGCCUAGCAGAGAGGACAACCUGAAGUCUGGACUCAGUCCCAGAGAAACGAGAACUUUGUUGAUGGAUAGAGAGAGCCGGGGAUUUUCUUGGUUGAAUGGAACUGCAAUGGUCAACCUCUCUCAAGGGGAUCUUGGAGGGGACACCCUUGGCUCAAGGCAGGAAAUGGGGGGGUAGGGUAGGGCUUUUUGGAUUUCAGGGUAUCUAUCAGUGGGGUGGGAUCGGGAGAUAGCCCAAG